UCGUAAUUUGUUUUGUGCCUUUCAACCAAACGGAUGAAUUUUUCGCUGACUACGCCGUAGCGCGUUUUUUCUUAUUGUUACAUUGUUUAAAGUGUACAACAAACUAUAACUUCAUCUUUUUUUAUAUAAACACUCAUAGAGUCGUGCUCAAUGAAUGUGAAUCCAUGUGUAAUUGACAAUUUAUUGUUCUUCUGUAUGUAUUGUUCGUGCCUAGGCAGUGCAAGUGAAUUUUGAAAACAUUUCUAGAUACUUGUAAAUCUUUUCCAACGUCUUCUAAGUAAAUAAUGUUAAAUAUUUCGUAACUACAUUUUAUGGUCGGUUGAAAAAUUGAACAGUGAAACGAAAAUUUUCCACCCACGUUGGUGGUUUGUGAAAAGCAGCGACAGAGCGGAGGCAGCGCAGUUGUUGGCAGAGGCGCUGUGAAAGUGAGAAAGACAGAAAAUCAACGAACACAUUUAAAAAAAUUGCAAUGCAAAAAACGUGAUUUGCAAAAAUUGAAAAUCAAAACUAAGAGUAUUGUAGUUAGUGGUAAAAUAGACAUCAAAAUACGCCGAGCAGUAACAAAAGUGAUAUUCAGCAAUAUCUUGAAAGCAAUUAGCGACUGAGACUGAUAUUUAUUAGUGCUUUGUAAAAAAUAAAACAAAGAGAAAGAAAAACCAGAUCACAGAAAAUUCCUUGCGCUUUGAUUAUGAAAAAUUCACAUUUUUAACCGAGUACAAAAAUACUAUUACUGAAAAACACACACACAAAGCCAACAACCAUAAUAUUCAGUAUACAAACAAACAAAUCGGCAAGUGCAGACAGUGACUACAACUCGUAGCUACUCAAUUGCAAACUCAUUGACCGCAUACUGAGCGACCACUACCACUACUACUGCGAAGAGAAGUACGUCAACAACGUCUAGUAAAUGAGCACACUGGUGCUUUGCUAUAUGAAACACACAUCAAUAGCAGAGGCAGUCAAAGCGUCAGAGAAGUGGGAGUGUUUGUUUGAGUGAGUGACCGUUUGUAAAACGAGUAGGAGCACGAGUAAACGAAAUUGAGGGACGAGGAGGCAUUGGAGGCGGCCAACUGAUUUAGCAUUUAGAGAGGCGUCGAAGCAGCAAACUUGGACUUUCUGCAUACAUACAUAAUGUCGCCGGAUAAUCCUACACAGAUCUUAACCGCACACGAUUUGACCAGCUUGCGUACGUUGCAGCGUGUGAUCACUUCCAGCAGUAACAACAAUAACACAGCUGUUGACGACAACGUCGUUUACAACAGUCACGGCCACAGCCACAACAGCAACCGCAAUCACAAUUACAACCACAAUACCAAUAAUAUCACUUACGGUGCAAGUAAUCAUCACGGCAGCAACGGCAACGCUGGUGGUGGCGGCAAUCUUGUCUUCUCCACCAUCCCACUGGAAGGCCACGCCUUGCUCAUUCAACCAUCCCACCUGCUACCUGCAAACGCUGCUGCUUCGCUCACCAGCAACGGAUUGCAACAGGCUACGCAAGCGCGCGGCCUGGUCACAGCAGCAACAAAUGGUUUACGCGCCGCCAACACCAUCAACAACAUCAACAGUAGUAACACAGUUACGAGCAGCAUUAAUCCCGCCGUCAGUAACGCUGCUAGCUUUAUCAGCAGCAGUAACAACAACAGCAGCAGCAAUAAUAGUUUGAAUAGUUUUCUUGCCAAAGCAACUAUACUGAGCGCUGCGAACCUCAGUAACGCAAAGGCGGGCGGAAAAAUCUUUAAUACCGGCGGAACAAAUUUUAGUGGCAGCACCAAUAUGCCGACAUCGAAGUAUGUUUUGUUACAACCAAAUGGUAAUGGACAGUUUACCACCUAUGAAGGCACAACGCCGGCGGCAGCGGCAGCCGCAGCUGCAGCCGCAAAUGGCAACGCAUCGGCGCCAAGCGUCGGCAACAUUGUGCUCCUGGCUACCGAGCCGAUGGAUUUGAAUGGCAGCACAGCGGCAGGUGGCGACGCGGCCGCUGUAGGUCGCGUCAUAGCCACAGCGACGACGGGUACUGGUGAUAAUGACGAGGAGUUGCGCCCGUUGGCGUGGCUGAAUGACAGCAAUUUGAUUAAAGGCAUAGUGACUACUACGGCAGGCACUGCGGGUGGUGCUAAUGUGAAACGUAGUAGUGGCGCGAGCGGUGGCAACAUUUGCAUAGUGAGCGCCAGCAACGCGCACGAACUGAUUGAGGAGCUGCCGCAUCAUAUAGGAAGCGAGGAAGUGACCACCACCACAUCCAGUGGCAAUAUGUGUACGGCUGGCGGCAGUAGUGGUGGUGGCAGCGUUGUGCCCACCAAUAUCAACAACAUCACUUCACCAACGGAAUUGAAAGCCGGCACGCAGAUAACCGCACUAAGCGUCAGCGACUUUCAGCAACUAAAGCGUUACGGGAACAUAAUCACAACCGGCACGCCCAUCACUUUGCUGCCACCACACGACACAACAACGGCAACGGGCGGCAGAAAGGAUGAGCCAGCACACAUUUUCGGCAAUAUCGGCGCCAUUAGCGCCACGACGACAGUGCAUAUGGGCCCGAGUGGCACCACUACUGUCGUGGAGUACAAAUCGAACGGCAAUAUUCCGACACUUCAGUCGAGACAGUUACUAAGCGCUGCUGGCGUUGGCAAUGCCAACAGUGGCACGACUAUAACGCCGGCAAAUUUGAGCAGCAGUGGCAACAACAGCAACAGCAAUAAUAUGAACUCGAACAACUAUGUGCCUUCUUCACCUUCUUCGACAACAAGUACCCAGUCAACUGUAUCCAGUAUACCCGCCACCGUCGUUGCUUCCAAUCCUGCCUCACUGUCUGUUUCCUAUACAACGCCUGCUUCAACUACGAUGAGCGUUGCCGGCGUCAACAGUGGCACUACCGUGCUCAGCCUACCAAAGCAACUAUCAACUUUACCAGGCGGUGUUGUUACGGUUACCAAUGGCAACGCCUCGACUAACACAAUUUACCAAGGACAGCAGGCGCAACAGCAACAGCAACAGCAGCAGCAGCAACAACAAAAACCACAAACUAUCGUUAACAACAAUAACACAAGUAGCAGCGCAUCCAGCACCACCCACCAUCCGCACAAGAAAUAUUUGCGCGAAAAAAUGAAUGUAUUGGAUCAUGGAGGCGGCGGUGGUGGUAGUGGUGGGUUUAAUGCCAGCGCCGUGCCCAACAACACAAAUGGAGGAGGCAAUGCGCCAGCUGCCGCUGUCACAGUGGUUGCUUCGCCUGCCUCCUCCAGCAGUUCAUUUUCUUCGUCUGUCUCGAUAUCAUCCAGUUCAUCAUCCACGGCUGCCGUCAACGGUGGCAAUAGUCCCAUAUCUAAGUCAUUCUAUGCUGGUGUAGCUAAUAGCAGUCACAACAAUAGCUGUGUGAGUGGCAGCAGCAGCAACAGCGGUGCCAUAAACUACUCCAGCACAGCCAAUACAUCGCCGCCAACGGUGCUGAGCAAUUCGACAGCAGGCGCAUCAAAUGCCGCCACUGCGCACACCGCAACCGGCUCACCAAUAACAGCGAGCAUGCCAUCCACCUACACCAUAAUGCAGUACCAAAGUGUGGCCUCCUCGCCAGGCAUCUCAUCGCCAGAACCAAAUAACUCCAAAGAAUUUUAUCCACUCAUUGCACCUCAGCAGCAACAGCUACAGCAGCAACGUAACUCGAUGCGUUCGCCCACCUCCUAUUCCAGCUAUGAUAAUGACUCGUUGAAGGAUUUCGAAGUAUCGACCAAUGGCUCAAGCGGUUUAGGACGUCACAAUACUAGUACACCACAGCUUCAGCCCCAACACCAGUCCGCGCAGGCGCAGAAUCAACUAUCAUCAUCUGGCUCUUUCGCAUCCUCAAAGAAUAGUCAUUCUGGUAGUACUGGCGGCGGCGGCGGCAGCGGUGGUGUGUCAAAUGGCAGCGGUGCUGUUACGCCACAAAAACAAAAGCAUCCGAACAAUGUGCCGUACGACCCGUUCGUGCAUUUAAACAGCAAGCCGCCCUACAGUUUUAGUUCCUUAAUUUUUAUGGCCAUUGAGGGCUCGAAUGAGAAAGCUUUGCCUGUUAAAGAGAUUUAUGCCUGGAUUAUGCAACAUUUUCCUUAUUUUAAGACAGCCCCUGCCGGCUGGAAGAACAGCGUACGCCACAAUUUAUCGCUGAACAAAAGUUUCGUAAAGGUGGAGAAAGCGCCGAACAUGGGCAAAGGCUCACUUUGGCGCGUCGAGCCACAGCAACGACAAAAUCUCAUUCAAGCACUAAAUCGUUCGCCAUUCUUCCCCAAUUCGGCUGUCGAUAAAUCGGCAUCGCUCAAGAGUCCUGGUGGCAGCAAUGCCGGUGGCGGCAACGACUCACUUGUGAGCUAUGAUACUGUCGAUAGUGUAGGCAGCGGUGGCGGUGGCGCCUGCAGUCCAGCACCCAAAUCUAAUAUAAAUCCACGAAUCGAUCCACGUCUAUUUCCUAAAUUAUCGAAGGUUAUUGGUGGGCAGGGCUUGCUAAAUGAUGUGGUCGUGUCUGGCGUUGGUGAAGUGCCCGACGAAGACACUCCGUCCGAUUAUAGUACAACAAAUCAUAACAACAAUUUGAAUAACCACACAAGUAGCAACAACAAAUACAGCAGUUAUAACAGCUCACCGGUGCAGCAAAAUGGUGGCAGCGGUGCUGGUGGCGGUGUAGUUGGCAGUGGUGCUUCCAUAUUAGGUCCUUUCAGCAGCUAUGAAAGCAUUGAACGCUUAGCCCGCGACUGUGGUGCCGAUAGUAUCGACGAUGUGAAUGCGGCUACGGCGAUGUUGGCCUUGAAACAUGGCCCCAAGGUAUUUGCAGAGACCUUCCAGAACGGCGCGCCAGUAAUAACCUCUUCACCCAGCGAGGACCAUACUUACUCCGCUGGCGGCGGUGCUGGUCUAGGUGGCGGCAGUAAUAGUGGCGCCACAACACCACUUACAAAUGGCAACUCGGCGCCUACGGCUUUAAAUGGCAGUGCGCAGUAUGGCACCAGCAAUGGUCAGCAGCAACAAAACGGUUGCAAUGGCGAUAAUCAAAGCAAUUAUACAUCCUCCGAUGCGGCCUACGAAAGCAGCGAAGAUAACAACAACAUCACACCCGAAGAGCUCGAGGAUCAGCGUCGCCAGCGUGAGGGCGUUGAUGCGCUACUCUCACUUUCGCGUUCCUCCGUUGUCGAAUCGCCCACAAAGCGACCAUCAUCGACAAGCGUCGAAGAAGAACACAUAUCCUCCUGCCUCGAGAACAACAAAACCAACAACAAUAACGGUCAUUUUACCAAUGGCAAUGGCAAAAUGGCAUUGCUUACCAGUGCGGUUGCCUACAGCCAACAACAUCAGCAUCAUAUGUACGAGGACAGCAACAACAGCUUUCAUUUGCCCGGCUAUUAUGGGGCGACGCAUCAAAUGCACCAUCAUCACCCUUUAGGCAGUGGCAGUGCACAGCGUAAAAUCAAACCCUUGCGUAGUCUACGCACAAAAAUCAAACGCAAGGCGCCAUGGAUGAGCAAGGCGCGGUGAGCAACGGCAUUUGUGUGUGGACUGAAACAAUGAUGAGAAUGAGAAGUGAAUCUAAAGUGCAAAGAAUGUAUAAAGACGAGAAGGUGCAGCUACUGGCCGGUUCCACUAAUAACACUCGGCUAGGAAACUUCCCCACACAUUAGGGUUUGUGUGGUGAGUUUUGUUAGGUAAUGAAGGUGAAUUGCAGCUUCUUGUUGUUAUACGUUCUUUGAAAAGAGGUAGUAAUGGAGUAUGAGAAGAAUUAAAAAGAAAAAAAUUUAAGAAUGCAAGUAAGGCGGGAGCUGAUAGCGAUUGUUGUGGGGCUAUAUAUAUAUAUGAAGAUGUAUAUAUGUAUAUAUACAAAGGUGAAAAAUGCAGUUUAUAUAGAAAAAAUACGGUACAGGUACACGUGAGUUAAGCCGCGCUUCGAACAUGAUUUGCCUGUAAAAUAUAUUUUUGACUCUGCCAAAAGAAAACAAAAAAUUAUACGAUUUAAAGAAAGUCCUAUUGUUGUAAAGUUAAUACUUGAGUAUCAUUACUACGCUUUAAUGCUUUAAUGACAAAUAAAAUUUCUUAAUAUUUUGAAGACAUAUUUUAAUUGAGAUGACUUGGUAAUGAGGCUAUAAAUUUUAGAUGAUAACUGGUUUUAAGCAUAUUUGAAGUAAAAACAAAUUUUAAAACUAUUUGGUUGAUAAAAUUACAACAAAAUUGUAAAAAGCAUAAUAAAGUUUUUUUCCUAAAUUUUCCUGAGCCACUAAAUUUUUUUAAAAUAUCAAAUAAAUUUAUUUGACGCUCAAUAUAAUUACUAUUGACUUAUAAAAUACUGAUUUUAAAAAUUAUAUUAUUUUUCAGCAAACUUGGUUAAUAGGACACUCUUUUAAGCGUUGAUAGGGGCAGCUCCUCCAUUGUAACGCCACAAACUCAAAGCUUCAAAAAGUCACAAAUUUAAAGUUACAGAAUAAUAAAAGAAUUCCUCAGAAAAAGUACAUUUAGAAUACUUAAAAUAAAAUAAGUUUUAAAACAAUUCUUUUAUAGCCAGUCGUUUGCGCCGUCCGCCCAUUUAUACCCAGAAAUACACAAAUACAUGCAAACAUACACAUAAAUACAUACAUGAACUGUUAAAAGCUAAGCCCCAGAUUCCUACUUUACCUCCAUUUUCUAGAUAUACUUAUGUGGAAAAAUGUUAGAAAUGAAAAACAAAGGAUAUAUCUACUGCUCAGCGUUUACUUUAAAGUUAUACAAGUUGUAGAAAAUUUAAAUAUUUUUUUAAGUGUUUAAUAUUAUAUUUUGAACUGUGGGAAUGCGCCACAAUUUGGCUGAUUGGAAAUGCAUUCAAAAAGUAUGAAUUGAUUGGACGCGCUGAAUACUCACUAGAAUUACUUGACUAAAAAAGUUGUUGCAUGCGCAGAUGUAGCUUUCAGCAGCUAUUUUUUUUUCUAAACAAAACUUUCAACAUAAAUAAACAUAAAUUUUAAAUUCAGGGUAUAGUGAACACAUUUUUGUGCAUACUUGAGCUUUUUAACCUUGGAUUAGGUGCUACAAUUAAUUCAGCGCGCAUUUGGCAGAUUUUGAAAUACUUGAAAAAUAAUUUAGCAUCCAUUUUUCUUUAUGACUUAGCCAACUGGCGCUCAAUUUGAGGUAACUUGCUAAUAAGUAUGUUUGGUGCGUUUAAUCAAAACAAACAGAAACCGAAUGCUUUUUUAAUCACGCAGAAUCAGUGCUGAAUGGCCAAAAUGAAACCAAUGCAUUGCUUGUUGCGCCAAAAUGUUGUAAUUAGUAAAAAAGUAUUUUCAGUUGGGCUGAAUUUGAGCUAAAAUGAAUUGCAAUAUACUAAAAAUCAUUGAAAUGCGCUUAAAUGACCAAAAAUCAGUUAUAAUGCUAAACAUGUUAAGCAAUAUGCGCGCUGAAUAUGAGCUUUUAAACACUAUAUGAGUGAAUUAUUCAGCGCUCUGAAUUCGAGCUGAGCUUAAGUAAUAUAAAUAAAAUAAGCAAUGUAUUGUUGAGCGUGCGGUAUACCACUUCAAAUACACGACAGCUGUGAACACCUUACGGUGAAAAACAUUUGAUUUACUUGCUUAAAGAUCUUUAAAACACUUUAGUUAGUUUGUAUUAAUAUAUAAGUUGAUUUACUUCCAAUUUUUUUUAUGUUUUCCUUAUUCUAUUUUCUUGAAGAAAUUACAAUAUUUUAUGCCAAACAAUAUUUUUAUUUUACUUAUAUAAUCUAAGCGUUUAAUUUUUUCACUCAAUUUAUAUUGGGCAGCAAAAGCAUGUAAUAAUAUUACUGCAAUAAGAAAUUUCACCAAAAUCUGUAUGUCUAUAUAAUCAACUCGUUCUUCAUUUCGAAGCGUUAAAAUAUUUUCAAUAAAUGUUUCAUUUAUCAAGCAGCUUUUAAAAGGCUGACAAAAAAACAACAAAAACUUGUUUAGUUUUCAAAACAAAUUUAAUUUAAAUUGUUUAAAAAUAACAAAGAAAAAAUUGACUAUAAAAUAAUUUAGCAAAAGAAAUUAGCAAAUCAAAAAUGGUUUAAGUGAAUAUUAAAGUUUUUAGCAUUUAAGACAAAAUAUUAAAUAAAGAAAGAUAAUUUCGAUACAUAAAACUGAGUUAUGCAUCUUUAUAAAGCAAAGGAAAUUCACUUCAAGUACCUUUUUAGCAAAAGAAUAUAAAAUAAAGUAAAGUAAAACAAAAACAAAAAA